GUCACAGCUCGGAGUGUUAGUUGGCUAGAUUAUCAAAUUAGCUUGUGCUUAGUUAGCGUUGUAUGUCUUACUUAAUAACGGUAGAAUCAUGUUUCCCUGUUGAAGAGUUUUGUCAGUUCAAGCAGUACAAUACGAAUAGUUAAUAAAUAUAGCGAUUUCAAUGGCUACGCAAGCUGUACGGCUUUUUCGUAAGCUAGAUGGUCUUUUUGCUGUGUACAAACCGCAAGGAGUUCAUUGGAAACUUGUCCGAGAUACAGUUGAGACAAACCUAUUAAAAGCCGUUAAUUCCUUUUCCCCACCUGCGCCGCAGUGUAUGGUGCAGUUUCAGGUAUUACCCAGCGGAGAAACCAGCAAUUCCACCAACCUCACAGUAACUGCGUCCAAGCUCCCUACUUUGUCAGAUCACCAUCUGGUUGCAGGACCGCAGUUUAAUAACAUCUGUGUUGGAGUUGGACAUCGUUUGGAUGCUUUUUCUUCUGGCGUGUUAGUUCUGGGACUAGGAAAUGGAAAUACUGCCUUGGACAGUCUGUACCGAUCACAUGUCAGCAGGGACUACAUACUGGAGGGUGAGUUUGGAAUGGCCACUAACGAUUUCACUCACACCGGACGCAUCAUAGAGAGAAGCACAUAUGAGCAUAUUACACAGGACAAGCUGGAGCAUGUAUUAGCCAUGAUCCAGGGAGCUAAUCAGAAAGCUUUAAUCAUGUACUCUCAGGUGGACCUGCACACUCAGGAGGCUUAUGAGCUAGCAGUGAAAGGGAUGUUACAUCCACAGUAUAAAAGUCCUCCCAUUUUAACUGGCCUAAGAUGUCUUCACUUUCAACUACCUCACUUCACGCUGGAGGUGCAGUGUGUUAAUGAGACACAGAAGUAUCUGCGGAAACUGCUGCAUGAGGUGGGUUUGGAACUGCGCAGCACUGCAGUCUGCAACAAGGUACGUCGCACACGGGAUGGUCCUUUCAAAAUCGAGGAUGCCCUGACCCACCGCAACUGGACUGCUGAUGCUAUCAUACCGUCAGUCACUUACUUUCACCGGACUACCCAGAAAAUCCGGAAGAAUGACAGGAAAGCUGUCAAUCAGUUGGACGGCAUGGCUGAGGCCCAAGACCAAAUUGGUAACCGCACUACUCAUGUAGAGCCUGGUACUCACCAGAAAGCCGGAUCACAGAACCUUGCUUCAGAAGCACUUAUGGACAGUAAACAGUAGGUUUAAAGUUUUAACAAGAUCAUUACUUUGGGUUCUACUUACCAUAGAGAACAUUUGUUACAUUGUUGUCAUUUCAUUGUUGAAUAACUCUUUAUUGUACUGUAUUUACUACUAUAUAUUCAAUUUUAUAUAUUUGGGGUAUUUCAGAAUCUUGCCAAAAGUGAUUUAGUUCAAAAUCCAGUAAUUGAGGAAUAUAUGCAGAAAUGUAUGCAGUGGAUACCAUUUUCUAAUAAAUCAUUAUUUAAGUAAAACUGUG